AAUUUCGUAGUCAUUGUUGUGCUUGCAAUAUCUUCAAAAUGCUUUAAUAUUAAUAUUGAUUUCUUUGUCCUGUUCUUUAAACAAAUCAGCUACCUAAGGGCCUUGAAAUGGCAAUAGGAACAAUGGUUCGGGAAGAGAAGGCUGUUAUAUAUGUUACCACUCAGUAUUUAACUGAGUCUCCUUUGAUGCCUGUAAUAGAAGAGUAUGAUGAAGUGCAUUUUGAAGUGGAUCUGGUUCACUUUAUUCAGGUGAGGGACAUGCUUGGAGAUGGGCGCCUAAUAAAACGCCGCAUUCGUGAUGGCAAAGGUGAGCCUCUAGAUUUAUUUUACUGCUACCAAUCUUACAAGGAGAUUUUAUAAAAGUCUUCAUAACUU